AUGAUAUUGAUAGCUUUUAUGAUAAAUGAGUAUCCAAACUAUAUUCAUAUUCAAUAUCUAUACGGAAUCUACAUUUUUGCCAACCCAAUAAUUAUCAAAUAUUCUGUUAUUUUUCUUGGUGUUUUAUAUUCUAUUGGAACUCUUGUAAGUUUACAGUAAUCUUUGUCUAGAAUCAGAUCAAUUCAGAUUUACGUUUUCCUUGGAUACCAAAUAUUUUCCAAAGUGAAAUCCCAACAAAAUAAAAUGAGCAGAUCGCAGAAAAACUAUCAGAAAAGAGUUUUUGUCGAAUUGACAGUUCAGACAUUGCUUAAAAUAUGUUCUAUUUGUAUUUAUGGUCUUUGGUGGAUUGUAUUAUAUAUUCUGGCGCCGAUUGGAAAUGUCACAUGUAAGAUGUUCUCUAUUACUAACUUUAAUACAUCAAAUAGAUUCUUAUAGAUAUCACAAUAUUUUGUCAUUGUACAUUUGUUGGUGGAUCGAUUCCCGGAGCCAUAUACAUGAUUUGGAAACAUCCAACUUAUUUGAAAAAUUUCAAAAAAAUGAUUGUUUGUAAAAAUGUUUUGAACACGGAUAGAAUUUUCAUUCGUUCAUCAGUAAUUCAAUAA